UUUGUACAGUCCACUUGUUACAAAGACUACAGCUGUCUUUAUCUACAGACACACAGCCACCAUGGAGCUGCGUCUCUCUGUCUGCGUCCUGCUGCUACUUUGUGCUGCAAAAACAUCAAAUGGAGGGAAGAUUUUGGUGUGGUACACUGAGGCCAGCCACUGGCUCAACAUGAAGCCGGUACUGGAAACACUGGUGGACAGAGGGCACCAGGUGACGGUCCUGGUCCCCAGCACAUCGCUGUUCAUGAACAGCAGCGAACCGUCUCGCUUCCAGUACGAACCUUUUGAUGUUGACGUCUCCCUGGAUGUUGUGGAAAGGUUUGUUGAGGAGUUCUUACAUUUCAACAUGUACGAGAUGGACUUCAUGAACCCUGUUCAGAUUUACAUGAAAUUUAUACAAUUAAUGAAGAACAACAUGAACAUAACUUUGAAGUUUUUGGAUGGAGUGGUGAAAUCGGAAACCACCAUGAAGAAGCUCAGGGAGGGAAACUACGACCUGCUAUUUGCGGAUCCCAUCUACUCCGGCAGCGACCUGACUGCAGACAUUUUGGGCAUUCCUCUUGUCUUUUCCUUGCGUUUCUCAAUGGUCAAUAACUGGGAGAGGCUGUGCGGUCAGCUACCUGCUCCACCUUCCUUUGUCCCUGGUUCCAUGAGCAAACUAACCGAUAAGAUGGACUUCUCAGGGAGACUGUGGAACGUUAUUUUCUACGCUUUGCAAGACUUUGUCCUGGAACACGUUAUGUGGAAAGAGGUUGACCAAUAUUACUCUGAAAUCAGAGGUAACCACUGGAUCAACAUGAAGCCGGUACUGGAAACACUAGUGGACAGAGGACACCAGGUGACGGUCCUGAUCCCGAGCGCGUCGAUGUUCAUGAACAGCAGCGAACCGUCUCGCUUCCAGUACGAACCUUUUGAUGUUUCUGUUCCAUUAGAGGAUUUGGAGGAUCUUCUGGAGGAGUUUAAUCACUUCUCUAUGUAUGAGAUUGAUCACAUGAACUACUACCAGAUUUAUAUCAAAUAUAUGGAUAUAAUGAGAACUGACCUUCAGAAUAGUCUUAAGAUGCUAGACGGCGUGGUGAAAUCAGAAACCCUGAUGAAGAAGCUGAAGAAGGGAAACUACGACCUGCUCUUUGCUGACCCCCUCCUGCCUGGCAGUGACCUGACAGCAGACAUGUUGGGAAUCCCUCUGGUCUUUUCUUUACGUUUUUCCUUGGCUCAUCACUGGGAGAGGAUGUGUGGUCAGCUUCCUGCUCCUCCCUCCUUCGUCCCUGGAGUUAUGAGCAAACUCACAGACAAAAUGAAUUUCUCAGAGAGACUGUGGAACGUCCUCUUCUACGCUCUGCAGGACGUCGUGAUCGACCAUGUUAUGUGGAAUAUGUUAGAUGAAUACUACUCAGAAGUCAAAGGAACACCCACCAGUGCCUGUGAGUUGAUGGGAAAGGCGGAUAUCUGGCUGAUGAGAACCUACUGGGAUUUUGAUUUUCCUCGUCCGUUCCUCCCCAACUUUAAAUUUGUUGGAGGGAUCCACUGCAAACCAGCUAAACCUUUACCAAAGGACAUGGAAGAAUUUGUGCAGAGCUCUGGAGAGAACGGCAUCGUGGUCUUCACUUUGGGAUCCAUGAUUAAGAAUGUAACCACAGAGAAGGCGAACCUAAUAGCUUCAGCCCUUGCUCAGCUUCCCCAAAAGGUACUGUGGCGAUACAACGGUGAAAAACCAAAAACUUUAAGUUCCAACACCAGAAUAUUCAGCUGGAUCCCUCAGAACGACCUGCUGGGUCAUCCUAAAACCAAAGCUUUCAUCACUCACGGUGGGACAAACGGGAUCUAUGAGGCCAUCUACCACGGCGUUCCCAUGGUGGGAAUCCCCAUGUUUGCUGACCAGCCAGACAACAUGGUGCACAUGGAGGCCAAAGGAGCUGCAGUCAUUCAGAACCUGAACUUCAUGACAACCGAGAGUCUCAGAGAUGCAAUUAAGGCCGUCAUUAAUGACAAAUCGUACAAAGAAAACAUGAUGCGACUGUCCAGAAUCCACCAUGACAGACCCAUGAGUCCUCGGGACGAAGCCGUCUUCUGGAUCGAGUUCACCAUGAGGAACAAAGGUGCCAAACACCUGAGGGUCCAGGCCCACGAACUCACCUGGUACCAGUACCAGAGCCUGGACGUCCUAGCCUUCCUCCUUGUUAUAGAUCUGCUCCUCAUCUUCAUCCUCUUCAAGAGCUGCAGAUUCUGUUUCAAGAGAUGCUGCAGCAGAAAACAGACAAAGAGAAAGGCAGAAUAACAGACUCUAGAUUUUAGUUUUUGUCACCACUGACACUAGUAACAGAGACGUGGGAGCUAAGAAGUCAGAAUUUUAUGACAGAAUUUUUAGGUCACAUGAUAACAAACUCCAAAAUAAAAAAAUUCAAUUAUGAGAAGAUAUUGCAAGAAGAAAACUUGUACGAGAAUAAAGUCAUAUAGUAAUAAAGUUGAAACAAUAUGUAAAUAGAGUUAUGAUAUUUUGAGAAUACAAUUUUAAGAGAAUAGUCAAAAUAAUGAGAAUAAAUAUUUUGAGAAUAAAGUCAUAGUAUUACGACCAAUCAAUGUUACUCCAUCACACACAAUAAAUAUAUGAUCCAAAAUGA